GUUCGUUGCGUCAGUUUACUGCGCUCUGCUUAUUUUCAUCUACGUAAAGAGCGUUACGGUCACUGGCGACGUUUUUCAGCUGGUUAGCCAAACAUCUAAGGAAAAAGAGAUGAGCAGGAAAAUGAGACGAAGAAAAUGAGAACUAUUGAUUUAAAGCUAGAAAAAAAUACGACAGGAAAACGUUCCUUUUAGGUGGCACAUUGAACCCUCAGCACACAGUCUUCAUCGCACCCAGGGGCCAGAGUUUCACUUGUUGUUCACUGGGAUCAUGUAGUGGUGUGCCAGAUUUAUCAGCAACUGACAGUGAACAAGUUGCAAGGUCUAAUAUUUAUAGGAAUGUAAUUUAACUAAGACAUAUGGCAAUAAAUCACACAGCUGAGGUAUUUGGCCAUAACCGAAUACCACAUGUAAAAAAAGGGGAAAUGCUGAAGUCCUCCAAGGCUUUGUUAUAAACCCAACGCAUUCUGUUGACAAAGUCAGCUGUGGGGUUGGGUACACUGGUGUAAUGCAGAGAACAGGCUAUUAUCAUGGUGGCCCGGUAUGGCUGAGCCUCAAGCUGUUGUAGUUUCACAGAGCAUGUUAGCAUAUGGCUAACUGCGUAUGGUGACUGAUCAGGCCAUUAUCCUUCUCUUCUCAAUUACCAUAUCUGGCCCCUACACGGGGGUAUAAACCUGUUUGUAGUGGCACCCUGUACCCCAUCAUUUUUUCAUUUUUCUUUUCAUUUAGUCAUCCAUAUACCCACCCACCCAACAAACACUAACUUUUGCUCCACCUAAGCUCUGGUUCUUUUUGAGGGCCUCCUCUUUUUCUCUUUUGUGAAUUCAUCUCCCAUCUGUCCCAGUUCACCUUAAUCUGUUACAUCUUAGGCCCCGCCCCUGUUUAAAGUCAGACCACAACCCACAGUCUGGCUCAGUGUAGUCUGCCCUGAAGUCUGACAGUCAAGCCGCUAGGCAGUUGUUUUGGUGGUUGUUUGGUUGCAUGGAAUCAGCUUAACCGUGGAGAAGCCAGGCUACCACAAACUGAUGGACUUUGACAAGCGUGGAGUAGGGGGAGGAGGGGGCGGUGGAGGAGGAGGAGGAGGAGGAGGAGGAGGUGGUGGUGGUGGUGGAGUUGGAGGGAAGGGGGAGACAGAGGAGGGGAAAAGGAUGUCUGGCAAAACAAGCAGUCGAUCAGUGCACAGUGGCAGGGGUGCUGGAGCCAACUCUGGGGUUCUGAUGGUUGGACCAAACUUCCGGGUUGGAAAGAAGAUUGGCUGUGGGAACUUUGGAGAGCUGCGACUUGGAAAGAACCUGUACACCAAUGAAUAUGUUGCUAUCAAACUGGAGCCAAUCAAGUCGCGAGCACCACAACUCCACUUAGAAUACCGCUUCUACAAGCAGCUGGGAAGUUCAGAGGGUGUACCCCAGGUGUUUUACUUUGGACCAUGUGGUAAAUAUAAUGCUAUGGUUCUAGAGCUAUUGGGACCCAGCUUAGAAGAUCUGUUUGACCUCUGUGAUCGAACCUUCUCUCUAAAGACUGUACUCAUGAUAGCUAUACAGCUGAUAACACGCAUGGAAUUUGUUCACACACGAAGCCUGAUCUAUCGAGAUGUGAAGCCCGAGAACUUCCUGGUGGGCCGACCUGGCUCCAAACGGCAACACACUAUCCACAUCAUAGACUUUGGUCUGGCGAAAGAAUACAUUGACCCAGAGACUAAGAAACACAUCCCAUACAGAGAACAUAAAAGUCUGACUGGAACUGCUAGAUAUAUGAGCAUCAAUACACAUCUGGGGAAAGAGCAAAGCAGGCGGGAUGAUCUGGAAGCUCUAGGCCACAUGUUCAUGUACUUCUUGCGAGGCAGCCUACCCUGGCAGGGACUCAAGGCUGACACUUUGAAAGAACGUUAUCAGAAGAUAGGAGACACAAAGAGAGACACACCAAUAGAAGUCCUUUGUGAGAGCUUCCCAGAAGAAAUGGCCACCUACCUGCGGUAUGUGCGUCGGCUAGACUUCUUUGAGAAGCCUGACUACGACUAUCUGAGGAAACUCUUCACAGAUCUCUUUGACAGAAACGGAUACAUCUUUGACUACCAGUAUGACUGGACUGGAAAGCCACUGCCCACUCCUAUUGGUCCAGUGGCCAGUGAGACACCGCUUCAGACCAGCAAUCGUGAGAAAGUAGCACAGACCAAAAACCAGUCUCCAGAGGGGAAAGGCAGUGAGUCCCAGCCCACUCCAGUGACCAAUCGAGAGCUGCUGGGCUCCCAUCUCACUGCUGAUAGGCUGGGCGGAUCUGUCCAGGUGAUGAGUUCAACCAAUGGGGAGCUGAAUACAGAUGACCCCACUGCAGGACACUCCAAUGCACCAAUCACAGCAAAUGCAGAGGUGGAAGUGGCUGAUGAUACCAAGUGCUGCUGUUUCUUCAAGAGGAGGAAGAGGAAAGCUCUCCAGAGACACAAAUGAAAACUGUCAUGAGAUGAGAGAGAAACCCCUCCUCUCUUUUUUCACUCUGAUUUGCCUUCUCUUCUCUCUUACUCUUGACCUUUGCAUAAUCCCCCACCCCCCCACCCACCCAUUCUGUGCUGUUGGAGGUCCUGUCGUCUACCUUGGGUGAACUGGCUGGACCACCGGGCAGUAGAACAUGUUUGCUAGGCUAAUCUACUGCUUACUAGUGCUCAGGACUGAGCAGACGUACAGUAACAUGUUUGCUGUUCGGAGCUUUAAGUGUGGACCAGCUGCACCAGCGCUGGACUAUUUGUUUAUGGUCCCAAACUGAACUGAAACUGGAUCAACACAAACUGCUGUGACCACAACUAAACAGUGACUGUGAAAGACAAGCUGACUGGCUGACAGACUGGAUUCAGUUAUUUUCCUGCCAGACUGGCUAGUUCUCUUUUUUUGUUGUUAGCUUUUUCUUCCUUACUGACUGGUUCAUAGAAGAGACAGAGUGUUUCUGAGGAAAUACAGAAGAGAGGACAAUAGAAUGUGAUGCAGUGAAACUGUCGGACCAUGUGCACACAGCACACGCUGCACGCUUUUUUGAGCUUAUCAUAAAGAGACGUUAUGGACAAAAUGAUGUGGCUCUCACACAUAGUCUAUAAAGUUUUUAUUCCUUUGGGUCAAAGGAAGUGCACAGCGAGCAGCCUGAUCUGUUUCUGGAUCAGGUCCCGUGUGCUUCACGGACACAUUCACCCUCAGAGGAAAACCUCACAACUACCGGAAUCAAAAGUUUAAAAGAGAUGUUUAUGUAAAAACUAUAUUUUUCGUUUUCAUUUUUAACUAAAAAUACAGCCUACAAUUUGAAGCCUGUGUUUUUCUUUAUAUUUUUGAGUUGUUCAGAAAAGAUUUUUGUUUUGUAGCUUCUAGUGUGC